AUGGAUGAAGAUGAGAAAGACAGGGCAAAGAGGGCUUCGCGUAACAAGUCUGAGAAGAAGAGGCGUGAUCAGUUCAAUGUUCUCAUCAAAGAGCUCAGCUCCAUGCUUCCAGGCAACACUCGCAAAAUGGACAAAACUACUGUGCUGGAAAAAGUCAUUGGCUUUCUGCAGAAACACAAUGGUAAGAUUUAUUGCAGCUCUUCAUGCACUUGCCAGACAGACUGGAAGCCGUCGUUUCUCAGCAAUGAAGAAUUCACGCAGCUGAUGUUGGAGGCAUUAGAUGGCUUCAUUAUAGCAGUAACCACAGGUGGAAGCAUCAUCUACGUGUCUGACAGCAUCACACCUCUUCUAGGGCAUUUACCGUGUGAUGUCUUGGAUCAGAAUUUGUUAAAUUUCCUCCCAGAACAAGAACAUUCAGAAAUUUAUAAGAUGUUAUCUUCUUGUAUGCUUAUGACGGAUUCUGCCUCAUCGGAUUACCUAAAAACUGACAAUGAACUAGAGUUUUAUUGUCAUCUUCUGAGAGGAAGUUUGAACCCAAAGGAAUUUCCAACAUAUGAAUACAUAAAAUUUGUAGGAAAUUUUCGGUCUUACAGCAAUGUGCCUAACUCCACUUGCAAUGGCUUUGACGAGGCUGUCCCAAGGGCUUACAGAACAUCCUCGGGAAAGCAGGUCUGCUUCGUUGCGACUGUUCGUUUGGCAACGCCUCAGUUUUUAAAGGAGAUGUGCAUCGUGGAAGAACCUCUAGAGGAAUUCACAUCAAGACACAGUCUGGAGUGGAAAUUUUUAUUCCUGGAUCACAGAGCACCGCCGAUUAUAGGAUACUUGCCUUUUGAAGUGCUGGGUACUUCUGGCUACGACUAUUACCAUAUAGAUGACUUAGAGCUGCUAGCAAGGUGCCAUGAACACUUGAUGCAGUUUGGCAAGGGGAAGUCGUGCUGCUAUCGGUUUCUGACCAAAGGACAGCAGUGGAUCUGGCUCCAGACCCAUUACUAUAUCACCUACCACCAGUGGAACUCCAAGCCAGAAUUCAUUGUGUGCACACACAUGGUGGUAAGUUAUGCAGAUGUUCGGGUGGAGAGGAGACAGGAGAUGGGCUUGGAAGAAGUGUCCUCAGAGGUUGUGUCCUCAGCACUAAAGGACAGUGGCGCCAGCUUGGAUCCUGAACAGCACUUUAAUGCACUUGAUAUUGGUGCCUCAAUCCUCAGCGCUAGUCGGACACCCUCAGUAUCAUCCAGGAGCUCACCAAAAUCUUCCCACACACCCAAGUCGGACCCAGCAUCUACACCAACAAAGCUGAUUGCAGAGUCUAACACUCCCUUGCCAAGAACACCGAGCACGCAGCAGGAUUUAUCCGUGCAUAGACUCAGUCAACCUACUGCUCUUCAGGUUUCUUUGCCUUCUCAGCCUUCAUGUGAGCUUCUCCCACAGCAGUUGCUGCCUCAAGCAACUCUGCAAAAUCAGCCUGCAACUCUGGCACAGUUCUCGGCACAGUUCAGCAUGUUCCAGACCAUCAAGGACCAGCUAGAGCAGCGCACCCGGAUCCUGCAGGCCAACAUCCGGUGGCAGCAGGAGGAGCUCCAGAAGAUACAGGAGCAGCUCUGCCUGGUCCAGGACUCCAGUGUACAGAUGUUCCUACAGCAGCCGACGGUGUCCCUGAGCUUUAGCAAUACUCAGCAGCCGGAGCCACAGCAGCUACAGCUGAGGUCAGGGGCCAUUUCUCAGCAGCAGCUUGUCCCCAGUCCUCAACUUCAAGGGCAAAUUGCAUCUUCCCAAACAGCGAACCAGCAAGCACUGAGAGAAGCAAGCGCGAUAUCGAGCCAGGCGGUGCUAAUCGCACCUCACUUCGCUCCUGCCUUCCCGGGGCGUCGUUUGCCGCCUCAACUCCUUGAGGGCACGGCCGGGGCGGCUUCGCUUGCAGAGCGCGCUGCUCCCCAGGGUUUUGCCGGCCGGCAGAACAAAGCGCGGGGCAGCAGCGGACUGUUGCUCAGCCAGCCCAUUCAGCCCAUGAUGCCUGGGUCCUGUAACGCAAGACACCCUUCAGACCUCAGCAUGGCGGGAUCCCAGGCUAAGUAUUCUCAAACCCAACAAAUGUUUCAAAGCUUGGAAGUGCAGACUUCCAGCAGCAGCUCUCCAAUCGUACUGAUGGGACAAGCAGUGUUAAACCAAGGGUUCGCCACUACACCUCCUUCCCAGCCAUCCUCUCUGCCACCUAUGCAACUCCAGCACCAACAGCAUCAGCAACAACGCUACCUGCAGGUGCAAACACCAAGUUCUUUGCACAAUGAGCAACCCGAUUCUUUGCUCCUGCCAUCUUACUCGCCACAGCAAGGAAAUAUGGGGUAUCAUCAGACGCAGCAGCAGCAGCAGCAGCAACAGCAGCAGCAAAGAAGCAAUAGCUUAUCAGAAUCAUCAAAUUUACCACAGCCACUGCGAUAGAGUCCCACCAGCACAAUCAAUGCACGAUUAGCUUUAACCAAUGGGCACGUGGGGCAGAAGAGAAUGACUUUGUACUUACUGUUUUGGCUUUU